UUUGUCGCUUCUAGUGUUACCAGUAAAAAUAACAUUGUGAAUAAAGAUGGCUGGUGACAUGAUGAGGUUCACAAUCGGAGUAGUCUGCGUGGCGGUCGUACUCUUGUCUUUAGCGGAACUAAGCGAAGCAAACUACAAAAACGCCCCUAUGAACGGAAUUAUGUUCGGAAAGAGGGGGCCUUCUGAAUAUGACUCCCGGGGCAAGACCUUUACCGCUCUAUGUGAAAUCGCCACGGAAGCAUGUCAAGCGUGGUUCCCGUCUCAAGAAAACAAAUAAAACUGGAUAAUGAAACUUCACGCAACUAUAACUAAUAUUUUUGGUCAUGGAUUACGAUACUGAUAGAAUGUUAUUCCCUAUUAAUAGAAAUAUGUAAACUGUACUAGCAACACUGACACGCUUAUCUUUUAAAAUUUAGAAAUGUUUUCCUUAAAUAUUAGGUAAAAAUUAUAAGUAUAUAUUAUAAAGGCUGGAAUAUUUUCAGGUUAUUCGAGUCUAAAAGUUUAAUAAAACAUGGCGAUGCAUUAGC